CGCUCAAACAAGAUGGACGCUAAAGACGACUAUUUCGCGCAUUCCCCGGACCGCUCCGAGAACAACACCCCGACAUCCUGCCACAGCCGCCCCGAUUCACCGAUCAACGUCACCGAAAACUUAUCGUUAUCGCAACACCAACAGAAUUUAGAGACUUUGAACAGGAUGGGCAUGUUUUACGCGCAACAAAUGCAGUUGCAAAACUUUGAUGCUGUGAAGUCGCGGUUAGGCCUCACUCAAGUGCAAUCAGUGAAUCAGGGUCCACGGCAUACGAUAGAUGCGAUCCUGGGGCUGAACGGACAGAGACAGCGAGUGAGUGAGUUCGAGGCUCGGCGUGAGGGCGAGCGGGACAGAGAUAGUGAGGCCGUGUCGGUGUCUCCGGGGGCCGUGGAAAGUGCUGGCGAGGGUUCCUGCAACAGCAACGACGGCUUCCGUACCUCCAACAAAUCCCCGCCUCCUUCAGACGAAGAGCCCCGCCCCGGCUCCGCCGCAGACAGCAAGAAGAAGCACCGGCGCAACCGGACCACCUUCACUACCUACCAGCUACACGAACUGGAGCGGGCGUUUGAAAAGAGCCACUACCCUGAUGUUUAUUCGAGGGAGGAGCUGGCUAUGAAGGUCAACCUGCCCGAAGUUAGAGUUCAAGUGUGGUUCCAGAACCGGCGAGCCAAGUGGCGUCGGCAGGAGAAGAUGGAGGCAGCCAGGCUGGGGCUGUCGGAGUACGGGUGCGGCGGCGCGCUGGGGCGGCUGGGCGCCGGGCUCGGGCUGCCCGUCGACCCGUGGCUCGCGCCGCCGCUGCUGACGGCACUGCCUGGUUUCCUCUCUCACCCCGGCUCGGGCUACCCGUCGUACCUCACGCCCCCCGCGCCCGCCGCGCCGCCCCCGCCGCCCCCCGUGGCCCCCGACCCCCGCUCCUCCUCCAUCGCCGCGCUCCGGAUGAAGGCCAAGGAACAUGUGGAGAGUCUCAAGGGCAUGCAGAUGGUGUGAACUGACGGGUGUAAAAUGUGCAGAUUUAAAUUUGUAUAUUAUGAUGAGGCUAGUGUAAAGAUUUGUAAGGCUGGUGUUUUGUUGGUAGUUUGUGUGGUUCAGUAGGCCAGUUGUCUUUCUUUCUUUUCAUAGUUGAACGGAUUAUGAUCGAUGAUUGUUUAUGUUCUAUGAUUCAAGGUGAAUAAUAAACUAUACAGUAUACUCACAAUAUUUUAAUGUAAAUAAUUAGUAUAGCCGGUACUUAAUCAAAGACAGAUUUAUUUUAAUUUGUACUUAAUUGCUAUUUAAGAUUAUUCAGUUCGAUUCGCCAUCUUCAGUGAUUAUUUGUAGGUAUUUACAUUGUUUUCAUGGAUAACUAAACCUACAGCUGACAGAUAUAAACCACUAUAAAUAAUAAUGAUGUGAUUUAAAAAUACUACAGUAGGUACUUAACUAUUUUCAAAAUACUAGGUAGUCGCAGGAAAAUGAGGGCUUAGUUAAUAGUUAAUUUGAUAUUUCUAAUAAAAUGUACUUUAAUGACAACUGACUGUAACGACAGAUCAUUAUGUCGUUAAGUUUAUUUGAACUUAUGCAAUAGACCUUAUAUCACAUUCGUAGUUUCUUAUUUAUUAUCUUCCAUAUUGUUGUAAAUAUUGUAUGUAAGAUUGUAUAAAUGCUACACAUAAAAGUAAUAACAUAAUUUACUUUGACGAUGACACUGCAUAAUUAUAAUAUUAAUUGGCUUGAUCUGAUGUUUUUGUACAUAAAGUAUAUCAUAACAGUCAAAAUAAUCUUAGUAAAUAUGUACACGUAAGUAAGUAUAUUUUAAACA